AUGAUGUUCCCCAAGUUUUGGACUCAAUCCGAUUUCGAUUGGUCCGUGAAAUUGGACGAUUCAGGUGUUCCCCUUGGCUUUAGCAAUAGCGCAUGGCGGCAUGAUUCCCAUAGCCCCUAUGUUCUUGGGACAUCCGAUGCAGGGGUAGACAAUGCCCUGCUCCUUCUAGCAGUGCUGCCUCAUACUCAUCCUUUUCUCGGAACAUCCAACAUAGCUGCCGGCACUGCCCUGCACCUUCCAGCAGUGCUGCCUCCUCCUCAUUCUCUUCUCAGAACAUGCGACAUAGUUGCCGGCGCUGCCUUGCACCUUCCGGCAGUGCUGCCUCCUACUCAUCCUCUUCUCAGAACAUGCGACAUAGUUGCCGGCGCUGCCUUGCAUCUUCCAGCGUGCUGCCUCCUUUUAUUUCGCAGGUUGUUUUCUUUGGCUUGGGGUCAGUUGGCUUGGUGCACAGCUUCCAUCUUUCUUGAUACCAUAGGAUGUACUAAUCUCCAGCAUGUGUAA